GCAAUGAGCCAGGGGCGUGUUAAUUUUGAUAGCUAGAGAUGCCAGCUGUUGUGAUCGACGGUUCACUUUUGGAAGGGGGAGGACAGAUAUUAAGAAAUGCAGUUUCAAUGUCUUGCUUGUUGAAGAAACCCAUUAAUAUUAUUCAGAUACGGGCUGGUCGUAGUAAACCAGGCCUACGUCCUCAACACCUCACUGGAAUUCGCUUGUUGAGUGACAUUUGUCAAGGCAAUCUUGAAGGAGAUUCUGUUGGAUCCAUGUCAGUGAAAUUUCAACCAAAUUCUAUGAAGUUUGGAAGAUAUGUAGCAGAUACUCAAACAGCAGGGAGUACUGUACUACUUAUUCAGUCGUCUUUGCCAUGUCUUUUGUUCUCACCUGGACCGUGUGAAGUUAUUCUCAGGGGAGGAACGAAUGCUGAUAUGGCCCCUCAAAUAGACUACACUCUAAUGGUGUUUAAAGUCAUAGCAGAAAGAUUUGGUGUUCAGUUUGAAUGCAGGGUUUGUAGAAGAGGUUACUAUCCUAAAGGAGGAGGAGAGCUUCAAUUGUCAACAAAACCUGUUCCCUUUAUUAAAGCAGUGCAAAUUACGGACCGAGGUGAAGUGACAGAAGUUAGAGGACGAGCAUUUGUUGCUGGUGUAUUACCAGUGAAGGUAGCAGCAAGGAUGGCUCAUUCUGCUACCAGAAUGCUACAGCAGCAGCUCCCUAGUGUUUGUGUUCAUAUUGAAGUUGUGCAAGAGUCACGGGAAGCAGCUGUUGGUACAGGAACCGGUUUGAUAGUUGUGGCAGAGACUUCAACUGGCUGUCUCUUAGCAGGAUCUGCUUUAGGCAAAAAAGGUCAACCAGCAGAAGAUGUUGGAGAGACUGCUGCAAGGAUGCUCAUUGCCAAUUUAGAAAGUGGUGGGUGUGUAGAUGAAUAUUUACAGGAUCAAUUAAUUAUAUUUAUGGCGCUUGCCAAAGGAAAGUCACGAAUUCGCUGUGGUGCCAUUACUCUUCACACUGAAACUGCAAUUGAGAUAGCUCAACAGCUAACAGAGGCUAAGUUUAUGAUUGAGAAGGUGGCAACAGGCAGGCGGGAAGUAUUUGACAUUUGCUGUGAAGGAAUAGGACUCACAAUCAGUCAAUAAAUUGGACUACUUGCUAACAUCUGUCGUCUGGUGCUCUUGUAAUGCAGCAGCCCCAGAGCUGCAAACCAAUGGGCUGCUAGUAUUAACAUCUCGUAAUAGGAUAACUUUCUGAAAUUGUAUGCUCAUCAAACGAAUGAGCCCUUGUUAAAAAAUAUCAGUACAUAAAUGUAGUUCAGUUGUGCAUGC